AUCUGUCUUUUCGGCAAUAGUUCCGCGUGAGUCUGACGAGGUAUGACAGAAUAAUAUUUAGUUUACUGAGUUCUCCAAACCCGUCACUGGAAUGGCCUCUGCAUCGGGAUGGUGCCUGUUAUUAUACCUGAGUUUCUGCGUGGCGUGGAUGGACGAGAGGCCCGUUCUCGAAUCCCAAGAUGGACAUCUUAUAAUCUCUAGCGCAAAAGACAGAAAUAUCACAUUGAAGAUAAUAGGGGGCGGUUUUGUGAACGUUAACGAAAUCAAUCUGCUUCACGUAGCAUCGGCGGCGCAAAAUGCGACGCGAGUCAUCGACAGAUGGCGAAUGGGAUACUUGGCUGAAAUGGAGAAUUCUCUUCAGCAACUAACGACUAUAGUGACAGGCUCCACAGGUUUGCAGAGAAGAGUCGCUACGCUCGAGAGAAACAUAGAUGUAAACGGCACGAAUGCCGAGAACAGAUCACGUUUUAACAAUAUUUCGGGCUUUACAAGAGCUAACAUCCGUCGUAUCAACAUGCGAAUCAAAGCAUUGGAAGAUUCGCUGAGAGCUUUGCAAACCUUGCUCCGAGAGAACGAGUGUCAGAGCAAUCCGUGUCAAAAUGGCGGUACAUGUGAAGAUCUCUUCGAUGGCUAUCAGUGUCACUGUCCAUCAAAUUGGGAGGGUCCAGAUUGUCGAACAGACGUUAACGAAUGCGCGAGAUUUUACGGCACAGAUCUUGGAUGUCAAAAUGGAGCUUCAUGUCACAAUUUGCCUGGAUCUUUUCGAUGCGACUGCUUGCCGGGAUGGUUUGGUCUUCAUUGCACGCAGAAGACAUCGAUUUGCAAUACAGAAAACUCCGGGGCGCUCUGCGGCGAACAUGGUGUGUGCGUCACAAAAAGCAGUAGCUCUCUCGGAUAUACGUGCAUCUGCGAUCAAGGUUGGGAGAGCGACGGCACGAAUCCGGCUUGCACUAAGGAUGUGGACGAAUGCGCUGCGUCUCAUCCUCCUUGUUCUGUGAAUCCACGAGUGAUGUGUCUCAAUACGCUCGGCUCAUUCAGUUGCGGCGCCUGUCCGCACGGUUAUACCGGAAAUGGUUAUUAUUGCACUGACAUCGACGAGUGUUCGAUCAACAACGGUGGCUGCAGCAUCUCGCCUUAUGUGCAAUGCAUAAAUACAAUGGGUUCCAGAAUGUGCGGCUCCUGUCCUCCGGGAUAUCGCGGCGACGGGAUCAGUUGCAUUUUUGUCGGCGGUUGCGCCAUCAACAACGGCGGUUGUCAUCCAUUAGCCACUUGCACCGAAAAUCCAUCGCUCACGAGUUCUUACGUGCUUUGUCGCUGCCCGUCGGGCUACAUCGGCAAUGGAAUGGGACCAAACGGCUGUCAAUUAGUUGAUGUGGUUAAUACAGCGUGUUCCAGCAAUCCCUGCGUGAACGGUACAUGCGUUCCAAACGGUGCAAAUGGCUUCACUUGCAUAUGUAACGCGGGAUAUACAGGAACCACAUGUAAUAUACGACCCUAUACGGCCGAUCCGUGCUGGUCGAAUCCGUGUCGUAACAGCGGUACCUGUGUCGUUUUAAACGGACAGGCAACGUGUCAGUGUACGUCCAGCUUCACGGGAAAUAGGUGCGAAACACCGCGACAGACGUGCGGCGGUGUGACACGAAACCCCACGGGAACACUUCAAUUUCCUAUGGACGGUAGUACCUAUCAGCAUGGAUUGAGCUGCGCCUGGGUGUUGAUCACGGAUCCUUCGAAAGUCUUGAACGUCACCUUCACAGCUUUCAAUCUCGAAGAUUCCAGGGAGUGCAAGUUUGAUUUUCUACAGAUACACGAUGGCAGAAACGCUGGCAGUCAAAUGAUCAACAGAUUUUGCGGUAACACGUUACCGAACGGAAACGGGAACAUUAUCUCGUCCCACAAUACCCUUUACUUAUGGUUCCAUUCGGAUAGUAGUAUAUCUCACGACGGAUUCACUUUUCAUUGGAACAGUAUCGAUCCUGUUUGCGGAGGUAAUUUGGAAGAUAAUUACGGUACAAUAACGUCUCCAGGGUCUCCAGGAAGAUAUCCCCCGAACAGGGAUUGUUUAUGGAGAAUUUCGAUUGCUGAUUCAAAAAGAAUUCAAUUCCACUUUGGACAAGUGAUGCUCGAGCAAAAUUGCACAAAGGAUUACUUAAAGGUUCUGGGCGCAGAGCACGAACUUUUAGGACUUUAUUGCAAUCAUACUCGUCCACCACCUCUGGUCACUCCGAGUUCUAUAGCACGGGUCAUUUUUCAUUCCGACGAGGACGGUCAAGAUGCUGGUUUCCAAAUUCAUUACUCGCUGAUUGAAGGUAUACCCGGUUGUGGUGGAACGUUUACUACUCCCAGCGGCGUGAUUCAUCCGCCUGGACGGUCUAAUUAUUCCCCAAAUAUGGAAUGCGAAUGGAAGAUACAGCUACCAGAAGGCGAACGAAUAAAAGCGUCAUGGUCACAAUUCGAACUCGAGACAUCCUACAGUUGUCAAUUUGACUCUGUUGAGGUUUAUGAUGGGCCUAGCACGGAUUCUCAAUUACUCGGUAGAUACUGCGGAUCGGUUCUACCGCCGACCAUCAAAUCCACCUCGAACACUUUAGUUAUCAUCUUCAAGUCCGACUGGUCAUAUGAAUUGGAAGGAUUCGUAUUGUCGUACGACACCUUGUGCGGCGGCGAGUUCCGCGACGAAACCGGAAUCAUCAAGUCGCCCUUCUAUCCGGAGCCUUAUCGCGAAUCGAAAACGUGUAUCUACGAGAUCAUACAACCGACAAAUAAAAGAAUCGUAUUGACCAUAGAGGACUUGGAAAUCGAGGGUAGGAAUUCAGAAUGCUACUACGAUUACCUCGAGAUUUACGAUGGCGAUAGCGAAAACUCAACGAAACUCGCCACGCUAUGCGGCAAUCGUGAAAGCAUGUCAGAUAAUUCUUAUUAUUCCGCAUACAAUUAUAUGUACUUGAAAUUCACGACUGACAACAGUGUCGAAAAUCGGGGCUUCAAAGCCAAUUACACAACCCUCAAUCGCAGAUGUGGUGGAUUGUUGAAAGAGACGAGCGGAGUAAUCCAACCACCUAUUGAAGAUGGACUGUAUGUCAAUAACGAAGAGUGUAUCUGGACCAUCAAAGCACCACCGGGACACAUAAUACAACUCACCUGGUUGUCGUUUCAUUUGGAAAAUCAGCGUGAUUGCAGACAUGAUUACGUCAAACUUUACGAAAACUACAUUUCACUUAACGAAAAUGUAACAGCAACAUAUUGUGGUAAUAAUAAACCAACCGACAUGACAACAGAGGGUUCCACACUUACCAUAGUUUUCCACACUGAUUCGAGUAUCAGAUACGAAGGAUUUGUCGCCUCGUACACCUUUGCGGACGCAUCGAAGGUCUGCGGUGGUCGUUAUUUGAAACCGUCCGGAUUUAUUAGAUCGCCAAAUUAUCCAGAAGUUUAUCUAAACAACAAAGAUUGCGUUUGGAUCAUCCAGGCCGAAAACAAACAUAGAAUUAUUCUUACGGUUGAGUACUUCGAAAUAGAGAAACAUUCGUCUUGUUCAUUCGAUUACUUGGAAAUCAGGAACGGUGGAUAUGAAUCCUCGCCGUUAAUCGGCAAAUACUGCGGCACCGAUAUACCCACCGAAAUACCGAGUCAGACUAAUCAACUCUACAUUAGAUUUUUUUCGGACUAUUCGAGAUCGCUGAGAGGUUUCGAGAUAAAAUGGGACAGUACCACGGAAGGAUGCGGCGGUACGUUGUCCGGGAUCAGCGGCGACAUUAUAUCACCGAACUAUCCCGAACCUUACACUGACAACGCGGAUUGUUAUUGGAAGAUCGCUGUGGCGGCAGGUAAUUUGGUGGAAAUCGUGAUACUGGAUCUCGAACUCGAGUCGAACUUACGGUGCAGAUAUGAUUUUAUCGAAAUAUUCGACGGCAUUUUGCACCGCACAAAUAAAAGACGUUACUGCGGCGGAACGUAUCCGAAGAUCAUUCAGUCCAAGUCCAACGAAAUGACCAUUCGGUUCCGCAGCGAUUUUUUGACUUCUGCUCGCGGUUUUCAUAUACAAUAUCAAACGCGAUGUCACAACAAAUUAAGCGGUUCCCACGGCGUGAUAGAGUCGCCGAAUUUCCCCAACGAGUACGCGCAUUCGACGAACUGUAGCUGGACCAUCGAGGCUCCGAUUGGCAACACAAUCAAUCUAACUUUCUCGCAUUUCGAUCUCGAAGAACCGCGUAAAAGAGAAGAACAACAAAAUUGUGGAUACGACUAUCUUCUAAUCACGGAGGGUGAACAAGACACCUCCAACACCGAGCUAGGUCGAUACUGCGGAACUGUCGAUCUUCCGUUAAGGAUCCACUCGACGCAACAUCAAGUAUUCAUAAAGUUCAUCACGGACCUAUUUAUCGCUUUCGCCGGUUUUCGACUCGAAUGGGUUGUGCACGGCUGCGUCGAACAUUUUACUAAACCGUACGGCGAGUUUACAUCACCCGGAUACCCAUUGUCUUAUCCGACGAAUGUUGACUGCGAAUGGUUGAUUGAAGUGGAUCAUAUGCACAGCAUCGAGCUCACUCUUCACGAAAUAAACACCGAGAACCGCAAGGGAUGUUACUUUGACAAACUUCAAAUCUACGGCGGUGAGGAUGUUGACGCGCCGAAAUUAGCCGAGCUCUGUUACUCAGACAAACCGGUGAUCUAUACCAGUCCCGGGAACAAAAUGUUUGUGAAGUUCCACUCGGACAUAUCGUACGCCGGCCGUGGGUUUAACGCCACUUACAGAACCGUACCCAUCGAAUGCGGUGGUAAAUUCACAUUGAACUCGGGCGUCAUUCACUCGACCAAUUAUCCGCAGAAUUAUCCAAAGAUUCAGAAUUGCGAGUGGCUGCUGGAAGUCGACAGCAAUCAUGUUAUAAAUCUCACUUUCACGGACUUCGAUAUCGAGAAUAGUAGGAAUUGUUCCGACGAUUACGUUAAGAUCUUUGAUGGACCGACGAAAGAUGACCUGUCCCUAUUGGGAUGGCAUUGCGGUAACACGCUGCCGCCGACUUAUAUCUCGCGUAGCAAUCAAAUGUUAGUGGUUAUGCGAACCGACAUGAUGAUUUCAGCCAAAGGAUUCAUGGCACAGUUUCGUAGAGCCUGCGGUGCUCGUAUAAUUGUGAAAGAUCACGGUUUUCUUACGCCCCCGACUAGCCACAAUGACGAAUACGACACCAAUAAUUGCACGUGGACCUUGAUAGCUGAAAAUCCAGAUGACCACGUGACUAUUAUCUUCACGCAUAUGGAGAUCGAUCCGAAUGAUUUGACCACCAUGAUAGUUCACGAUGCGACGAAUCCUUUGAUUAUAAAUCCAUGUGCUUGGGUCUCUCUUCAAGUGUUCGAAGGUGAAAACACGGACGGUCCGGUUUUAGGAACGUGGUGCAACAAUGUUACACCGCCGCCAGUUACGAGCACCGGAAAUUCGCUCACUCUACAUCUAUUUACACAGUUCGAAUUUUUUACCGGCUCCUUUGUCGCGACUUAUUCCGUACUGAAUACAGCUUGUGGCGGAAAUUACACUUCUGAACAGGGGAUGAUCACGUCACCGAAUUAUCCCAAAAGCUAUCCCCUGAACGCGGAAUGCAUCUGGAUUUUAAAUACAUCACCUGGUAACAAGGUGACUCUCACGUUCUCGGAGUUCGACGUUGAAUCGAGCGAAAAUUGCGAUAUGGAUUAUCUGGAAGUGCGGGAAAACAGCGGAAUCGGCAAGCUCAUUAACGUUUUUUGCGGGACAGACGUCACGCCGAUCACAUCUUCGACCAGACUGUGGAUCAAGUUCAAGAGUGACGGUUCGGGUACCGCCAAGGGCUUCAUGGCUGAGUAUAAUUAUAUCGGUGGAAACGAACUUGAAGGACCUAUAGGACGCAUUACCUCGCCGUUAUAUCCGAGAGCUUACAGAAAAUCGGGUGAAUUUUCAUGGCGUGUCACCGUCCAAAUGGAUUCGGUCAUACGCAUCGAAUUCAAAGAAAUACACAUGGAAAACAUUGACCAAGAAUCGACGUGCCUUUACAAAGGUAGUGUUGAGAUAUUUGAUGGAUAUGACGAGGAAGCGCCAAGUUUGUUGAAAGUAUGCGGCUAUGUUCUACCAGAUCCAGUGCAGUCAUCGAGCAACGUGGUCUUUAUCAAAAUGGAGUUAAUCGGUUAUCUUGGAAUGGGAAGUUGGUUUGAUCUCACGUGGCUUCAAAUACCAAGAGAAACUGCAACUACUUCUAAAGAAGUUACUUUAUCAGAAUGCAACAAGGAGGUAGCUUUGGUGGGCGAUCACAACAACACGUAUGCCUUCAGCUCGCCCGGUUGGCCGACCGGUUAUGACGCCAAUUUGCAUUGCAAUUGGGUUUUUACGUCGCCACCGGGCACACAUUUAGUGCUGAGAAUAAUAACAAUGGAUUUGGAAGAAACUAGCAAUUGUGUGGCAGACGCGGUUUCCGUUUAUUCAGGAUAUGCGUUGACAUCGACAAGUAACGCGAAUCUGGAAAGCAGAUUAUGUCUGUCCAACGCCACCUCGAACUUAAUUCAAGGAACAAAUGUGAUGACCGUAAAAUUCGAUACGGAUUCGUUCAUCAAUAAAACUGGCUUUAACGCUUAUGUGUAUCGAGAUUGCGGAGGCAUAUUAACCGGUCCCAACGGCGUGAUAGAGCACAAUAAUUCUUCUGUGAGAGCGAUUCGAACGUGGUAUUUCACGUGCGAAUGGAACGUAACAGUGAGAUUCGGUAGGACUAUUAAAGUUCAGAUUACGGAGAUGUCCAUAGACGCAAUGUCCGAUCAUUCGUGUGGCGAUAAUUACCUGCUAUUGCGGAACGGAAACGGAAUACUUUCGCCUCUGUUGGGCAAUGGUAAGUAUUGCGGCGAUGUGGCGCCAGAGGAACUGGAAACUACCGGAAACCAUCUUUACGUUAAAGCUGCUGGCAGUGGUCUGCAUCUUCGCUUCAAACUUUCUUACAGAGAAGUGAGCAUGACUUGUGGCGGCGAGUUCGUCUUCUCAAGCAGAGAAAAAAGAUGGAACAUCUCGACUCCCAACUAUCCGUCCAUUCCUCCAACCUAUGCCGAAUGUACUUGGAUAGCGACUGCUCCGCCUGGCGAAACAAUCUCUAUCCAUUUUAUAGAAAGAUUUGAUCUGAGCUACAGCGAAAACUGCGAGAGAGAAUACGUUGAGAUAAGAGACGGCGGAACCGACAGUUCGAAGUCCAUGGGAAGAUAUUGCAAAGACGUGGCACCCAGCAGCAUGACUACCAUCGGCAACAUGAUAUAUAUUCGUUUUUACACGGACGUGCUGGAACCUAAAAAUGGUUUCAAAGCUGAAAUUGUUGCAGGAGAAAUGUGCGGUGGAAUUUUGCGCGGUACCAGCGGUGUCAUCAAUUCGCCGCUUUAUCCGCAUGACUAUCCCACAAACCAGAAUUGCUCCUGGAUAAUAAUAGGACCGACCGAUCACACCUUGAAACUGCAAUUCCGCGAUAUACGACUUCCCGGUUUUCCAACUGGAUGCAACACCGAUUACGUUAGAAUCAGUGAAAGAUUCACAGACAAUACCACUUCGAUAAUUGGAACUUAUUGCGGUCUUGAAAAACCGGAUGUAAUUGAAACAUCGACGAACGAGGUGUACGUGAACUUCAAGAGCGACAACAGGAAUUACAUAAGUUACACGGGCUUCAGUAUAAACUUUACCACUAGCCAAGAAACGUGCGGAGGUUCAUUAUCCGCAAUGAUUGGAAUAAUUAAGUCUCCCGGAUAUCCCAAUCCGCGCACAAAACCCAGAUACUGCGAUUGGCGAAUUACGUUACCAAUUGGUUAUCAAGUUGUAGUGAAUAUUUUGGAUCUAGACGGUGUUACUGAACUUAGGGUACCCAGCAUAGGAUAUGCACUUUCGUUCUUUAAUGAUUUUCGUUUUAAGUCGAAGAUCAAACUGUUAGGACAAAGCGGUAGCGAUAGCACAGAAGAGAUAAGGAGUUCCAGUAAUACUAUGAUUAUCGCUUACUGGUCUUCAAUCGGACAUCGAGGUUUCAAACUUCGAUACUUUGCUCAGGCUCCAGCUCCUUGCGGUGAAAAUAUAAGAGAACGUGAAGGCAAUAUAACGAUUCCCACGACUUUGCCUUUUAACGAAACCUCUUUCUUUUGCAAUUGGAAAUUGGAACCGCCUAAACAUAUGAACAAUUUGGCCAAUGUUACCGGUCUAACACUGACAAUAAAAUUCAGUGGCAACUUGGGUGCAACUUAUCCGAUGUUAGAAACUGGACCUAAUAUUCGAUUUGGACAUAAUUAUUUUAGAUCUUCGAUUCGAAGAAAUUGCGAAUAUCCUCAAUACCUUGAACUCCAUGGCAUCGGAAAGCUAUGCGGAAAUACUACGGAAACGCGGUUCUUGAGAAGUCCACAAAUAGUCAACCAUUUGUCGAUAAUGAACGGUACUUACGGAAAACGUAUGAAUUUCAACUUGCAAUAUCAAUGGCAACCUUGCGGUGGCAUCUUACGAGGUCCGUCUCACACUAUUGUGCCACCAAAAUACAUUACUUAUCCGAUAAACUGCGUUUGGAAUGCGGAGUAUCCUGAAGGUGAAACGAUCAACGCGACUAUUUUCAACCUCGAACUUAAUGAUUGUAACAGGAAUUAUCUUAUUGUUAAGAAUGGUGGACCGACAUCGCCGCAGAUCGAACAAUACUGCGGUGCUUCUGCAAAAACGCAUAGAUACAACAUCAGUAGCAUCUCAAAUCAGUUGUGGAUAGAAUAUUUCGCGUCCGAUAAUUCGAGUCGCUUUGAAGUAAGGUUGGAAGUUGCCAGCGCAGGUUGUGGCGGAUCCUUACACGGUAGCAAUCGCAUCAUUUCGUCGCCUGAAUUCCCCAAACAAUAUCCGAACAACGCUGAAUGUACGUGGGAGAUAGUAGGUGGCAAUGGGUAUCAUAUAGGACUAUCCUUCGUCGAUCGGUUUAAUCUUGAAACUAGUCCUAACUGUGAGAAGGAUUAUGUGGAGGUGUUCGAUUGGAUCAGAGGAGAAGAAACUUACACCAGCGGCGAGUGGAAGAGCCUCGGUAAAGUUUGCGGUAGGAACAUACCUCCGCCGUUUAACUCGACGUCGAACCACAUGAAGGUGAUCUUCCGUUCGAACGAAGCGAUACAGUCGGACGGUUUUCGCGCUGUCUGGUCUGAGAAUUGCGGCGGAAUUUUCCAAGCGACCGACAAAGCCAACUUCAUUCAAUCGCCGUCAUAUCCAAACUUCUAUCCACCAAGCGCUUACUGCAAUUACACCAUUGUAGCGCCAAACGACGAUAUUGUCGUCGAGUUCACGGACUUCCAGCUCGAGCGCGGUCGCGGAGACUGUCGUUUCGACAACGUCACCAUUAUAUCGGAACAUAUGCGAGCGUACAUGGGAGAGACUGUGGAAGUUUAUUGCAGCAAUACCAAACCACCACUGAUAAGAUCGUUCUCGCGAAUACAAGUUAUCUUCAUGACGGACAAAUACGUGCAGCGAAGCGGUUAUCAGUUCCGAUAUUUCAUCAAUAAAUGCGGCGGUAUAAUUACACAACCUGCCGAACUCAAGCCUUUGAUGCACGGAGAGGAAUACUUCGGACGUAUGAAUUGCACUUGGAUCAUUAAAGCGCCGCAAGGGAAGAGUGUACUCGUACGAUUCGAGAAGUUCAUUCUCGAAUUCAGCACAAGUUGUUACUUCGACAACGUUGCCGUUUACGAGGGCGAUACGGUUCAACCUGACAAACGCAUAGCACUGGUCUGCGGUAACUUGACCGAAAAUUUACCUACAUUCAAAUCUGAGUCCAGUUCCAUGGUUAUUAAUUUCAAUGCUGAUAAUUCACGACAUUUCGCGGGUUUCACUGCUAAGGUGUUGUUCACAACAAGUCCGGCUGAUGGAUGCGGAGAGUUUAUCAAUAUGACGUCGAUCCGAACUAAAUCAUUCAGAACUCAACAGGCUGCUACUUACAAGCCGUUCGAGGAAUGCCACUGGACCGUAAUAACACCGCCGGGCAAAAAUAUCAGAUUUACGAUUAACAGCAUGGAUAUUAAAAACUCAACUGGUAACAACAUCACUCGAAGUAGUAAUUGUACCGGUGAUUAUCUCGAGGUUCGAGAUGGCAGUGGACCUUACGCCGAAGUUUUAGGCCAAUUUUGUGGCACCACAUUGCCACGUCCUGUUGUAUCCACCUCAAAUUCACUGUGGAUUAGAUUUUAUACUGACGGCACUUACGAAGGUGCCGGCGCGACAGCCAAUUUGGACGUUAUUGAUUCAUUGUGCGGCUUAAAUAUUCGAGAAAUAAACAAAACAAUACAGGUGCUCACUUCACCGGGUUAUCCGGACACGCAUACUUCUGGAGUACGGUGUCGCUGGACUCUACAACAUUCCGAUAAGUACAGCGAUAGUUUGCGACUACGAUUUAUAGAUUUUGAUACGCCGGAUACCAGCAAAUGCGACACCGAAUAUUUAGAAAUUACCGAGAACAAAAAUUUUAUCAACGAAGGCUUUGGAUCGAAUUUUAUCUAUAGCGGAACAAAGUAUCACCCAAUUUCCGUCGAGAUGGGUAGUCAUCUGCCUUUUUCCUCGUAUAAAUAUUGCGGUAGGGAACUGCCACACGAUUAUUACAGUUACAGCAACAGUAUACAAGUGAUUUUCAAAUCAUUGACCAACGGCUAUAAAGGCUUCAAAUUGGAAUAUAGCACAGCGAAUUGCGAUCGGAAUUACACGAGCGAGCAAGGACGAAUUCUGCAUCAUGAAUUUACGAAUUGUUGGAUUUCAAUCACCGCACCGGCAAACCGCACUAUUUCCUUGUAUUUCAAUCAAUUCAGAAUUUACGACGCGGAGCACUGCACGCACAACGCGCUGCAAGUGUAUGACGGCGACUCCAGCGGACCGCGUGUAAGGACGUUGUGCAGCACGGCGCUACCGAACCCGAUUUUCAGCACCGGCAACAAACUCACUCUACACUCUUGGACCGAGAGCGCUAGCUCUUAUCAAAGUUACGACAUCAUUUACACGACUACGGACGCAGGUCCUGGUUGCGGCGGUCGCAUAUUUAACUUCGGCGGUAGAUUCACCUCGCCGUUGUAUCCCAACAUAUAUCGCAACAACACCGUAUGUACCUGGGACGUGAGCGUGCCACGUGGGUUUAAGAUCAUUCUUGAUUUCCUCAAUUUCGACAUCGGUACUUCGAUACACUGCGAUAAUAAUAAUCUCAAAAUCUAUGACUUUGGACCGACCGGAGAAAAUUUGCGCAGUACUUACUGCGGAGGGGAUGAUCCAGCGAGAAUAGAAGCUGAUAGUAAUCGCGUUCUCGUUAAAUAUACUUCGACAGUGAACAAUGUUGGAACAGGAUGGGUUAUUGCUUUUAUGGCCCAAUCGACCACACAUCCCAUUGAAAUAAUAGAUGGUUGGUAUUAAAAACAUCAAGACUGCGAAGAUCUGCUAUGUGUGUAGAUAAAAUACAAAUAACUACACA